GGUACCCUAUUUGUUGGGGGUGUUUGGACCACCUCGCGAAAUCACCACACCCCCGCCAUGGCGACUCCCUCCCCAGCACCGCCCGUCUCUGCCGCUGCGGCUGCCGCAACUACCUCGGGCGCCUCGGAUCCCUCGUCCGCCACGCACCUCCUCUCCCGACCCUUCGCAUCCCCUCCUCUCCUUCCCGCUCCGCCCUUCUCCUCCCAGCCGCUCAGCAAACCCCUUGGCCACCCUCCGCCUCCACCGCCGCCUCAGGGAUUCCUCUACCAUCAACGGGGCUUCGCCACGACGCCUGCUGCCGGGCCGGCCCCGGCGGCCUCGGAUCAGUCCGUCGCGGUGGCCAACCCUGCCGUGUACACCAGGAACGCAACCCCCGCAGCCGCGAUGACCUUCGCCGCCGCUACCCAGUCCGGGCCCUUUGCUUGUGGCCCAGUCGAUCGUCCGGUCCGCAACGUGAGGCCGCGUUUGCCACCCUCGACUUCACAGCCCGUGACGCCGAUCGUGGUCCCGAGGCCCGUGGUCACUGCCGCAGGUGCUUCUAGGAGCGCUCCAGUAGCCACGCAACUAAAGGCUGCAAUACUCUCUUCAGUGUCUUCAACACCAGAGCACAAUAACUGCAAGGAGAGGGACGAGAGUAGGGAAGAUGAUGUUGUGGUCAUUCACGAUCGAAAAGUCAGAGUACUGGAUGGUUGCUCGCCCUCCCUUUAUUCCCUUUGUCGUUCUUGGAUGCGGAAUGGCCAACCUCAUGAAAUUAAGUUAAACUUCGCCAACACUGAGAAGCCCAUUCCGAUACCUUUGCAUUUAUCCAUGUUUGAUGCUCAAGUGAUGAAGCAGCAUGAAGAUGUUACUGAAACUGAAGAUGUCAACAAUGAAGAGCCUGUAGGUUGUGUUGAGGAGUUAUCUGCACAUGAUUUGUUAGAAAUACAUAUAAAUCAUGCUAAGAGAGUUCGAGCAAGGUUGCAAAAAGAACGCCUUCGGAGGCUGGAACGUUGCAAACAAAGAUUGGCCUUUCUCCUUCUGCCACCCAUGGAGUUUGAAAGAAAUGAAACUGACAACUAGGUUUCUCUGCUACUCUUUGGUGAUUCGCUUCAAGCCACCAGCUACGUUCUCCCUUCACCUCAAGCCAGCAUGAGAGACUUCACACCCAGGUAGCUGGACCAUGUUUUAGUUGUGCAGAUAGUGCUUGUUGGGCUUCGAGUUUUGUAGUGGGACGAGGGAGAAGAUUCAGUAUAGGUUGCAUAUCAGUUGUAUAAAUCUGAUAGGAUUUGGAAAUUUAAUGAGUUGGGACAAGAAAGCUUAUUCACAUGAGAAUUUACAAUAGUUUCAUAAUUUGACAAACACACGAUCUGUUCA